AUGAGGUGGAAUAACAACACCUUAGGGUUUGUUCUUAGGAGGAUGUCCCAGAUAGUGUCUGAUGGUAGUAGGACUGGCAAGUGCAUCAAGGAUAAGGAUGUAAACUCUGUGGCAAAGGCUCUUAGGGAGUACAGUGGUGAAGCUGUGAGCCCUACUCAAGUGUACAAUCACUUGAGGAAGUGGAGGCAGAAGUGGGCUAGGGGCCACCCUAAGGAUGCUGAGUUCCUCAACACACCUAUUAGGUUCUACACUGAGAUGGAAAACAUCUUUAGUAGUGCUAUGGCUACUGGUAGGUAUGCCCUAGGGUCUAGUGAGCCACUUGGGGUCCACCAAGCUGACAGUGUGGCUGCUAACAUAGAGGGACAUGGUUUCAUUAGUGUUGCUGAUGUCAAAACCAGCACUAUGGUUGGUGAGGGUAGCAAGGCAUCUGAACUACUCACUUCCAUAGCUGGGCCAAAGAGGAAGAGGGCAAACUUCAGUGGGGAUGAGAUGCUUAUGAUGACUGACACGACUUAUGUUGUCAACAAUGUGGCCAAUACACUUAGAGAGACUAGGCCUACACAUGUGGAUCCUGCCCUCUAUCUUGCAGUCAUGGAGAUGCAGGGCUUCACUGAAGAAGCUCUCAUUGUUGCCUACACUUACCUGCUGGACAACAAGGCCCUUGGCAGGGGCUUUGUGAACAUGGUGGAUAGCCAUAGGGAUAUUUGGCUAAGGAACUACCUAGCCAAGAACUACUACAUGUAG